AAGUCUUCCGGAAGUGUCAAGCGAUGUUUUUGCAAAUCCGUGGAAUUUUUAAGCGUAUAUUUUUCUAGAUUUCUUUUUACCCACUUUGAUGGAAUUUGUGGCAAUAAUUGAUAACGUUAGUGAUAAGCUAAAGGACUGAAGGAGUGACGAAAGGAAUGGCCCAGUCAAUAAACCGGAGUGUUUCGGCACAGGAGAGUAAUAUUCAGGAGAUGUCCAAGGAGGAUGACUGCCACUUGGAGUCUCGCUAUGAGUGCCCCAUUUGCUACUACUGGCUAAACGAGCCCGUCUUGACCUCCUGCGGCCACCGCUUCUGCCGCAAGUGCAUCACGUCGUGGCUGAAGAAGGAGACCGUGUGUCCGGUGGACAAGCAGUCGCUCUCCAUGGAAUCCGACAUUUUCCCGGACAACUUCACGCGCCGCGAGAUUCUGCAGAUCAAAAAGCCCUGUCCCAACGCCACUUUCGGCUGUCUCACGAACGUUUCGCCCGUGGAAAUGGAUGCCCACGUCCUGAUCUGCGAGUUUCGGCGUCGCACAACCAACUUCUCUUGCUACUUCGCGCGUUGCGGCUGCAAAUUCACCGCCCCGACGCAUGAUGCGCUCGACGCUCACGUGAAGAGCGAGAUGGCGCACCAUCUGGAGCUGCUCAUGGAAGCGUUUCUGCACAACAACACCCUGGAGUCCGAAUCGCGUCUCUGGGACGCACCGAUGAAGGCCAACGGCGGCCCUCCGGCUGCCUCCGAUCUGGUGCGCUCCAUGUACGAGCGGAUCGUCGUCUUGGAGCAGAAGCAGCAGGAAAUGUCGGCGAAGGUGGAGAAGAUGCGCGAGCAGUUGAGCAAGACGUGCUCCCAGGCGGAAAUCCAGGCAAAAUACACCGACGGCGUGCUCGUGUGGCAGAUCGGGCAGUUCCACAGCAAGAUCAAAGCAAUGAGUGCCAAUCCCAACAUCAUGUUCUACAGCGGCGAGGCCUACACAUCGCCGCACGGCUACAAAUUCUGCGCCAGAGUGAACAUUUCGCCAAAAGUGAAGGACUUCAUUGGACUGCACGUGCACAUGAUGCAGUCUGAGAAUGAUUACCACCUGGAUUGGCCCUUCAAGGGGCGCAUUAGGAUCAGCAUGAUUCAUCCCAAGAACUUCUCAGAGUCCCAGAUGGACACCAUAAUGUCUAAGCCAGAGAUUCUGGCCUUCCACCGACCCACGCAGGAAGGCGUGAGCCCACGAGGCUUCGGCUUCCUGGAAUACGCCUCGAUCACAGACAUUGAGCGACGCGGAUUCAUCUUCCGAGACACUUUGACCAUCAAAAUCCAGAUAAAUAUCGUGUAGAAGGGAUGCAG